UACCUGUAAAGCCCACGGAGAGUCAAAUGACUCCAAGAUCCCCCGUGGAAAGCUACUUCUGUUAUGUAAACAAGGAAAUUUCAGAACACCUCACUAAGACGCCCAGAGACUGGUCAAAUGACCCAUGUACCUCUAACGUUCAAGAGGCGUUGGACAUGAUCCUGCCCGACGCAAACCCUUGCGACUCGGAUGGAGACGACAUCAACUGUGAGCUGGAUACAGAGUCUGAGCUGUCGUCAGAUGAGGAUAUUGCUCUGCAGCCGGAAAAAAGAGCUCGGUUGGAGCCUGACCUGACAGAGACGGCGAAAGACGGCAUAGUGUGGCGUAAAGAACAAGUGGGGAGGCCUCUCCAUUUCACCCCAAUGGAAGCUUACGCCGCAGAUGGAGAGCCAACGGCAGAGGCCCGAAGGAACAUCUCCAGUCGCCUUCAGAGCUUCCUGUGUCUCAUCACACAUGCCAUGCUCCGAAACAUUCAAGAGUGGACAAUUCAGCAUGCACAGCAAACAGGGGAUGCUGAUUGGUUCAUGGCCCUCCCUGAACUAAUGGCAUUCAUUGCCAUCCUCAUCCUGCGUGGGCUUACCAAGGUUCCCUCACUCAGUGACUGCUGGUCGGCAAACCUGGGAAACCCACACAUCAUUGGAAUUAUGGCCCAAAACCGCUUCAAGGACAUCAUGCGACAUCUGCGCUUUGAUGACAGGUCCACCCGCAGUGAGCGAGCAAAGACCGAUAGAUUUGCUGCAAUUUCUGGUGUAUGGAGGUCUUUUGCUUCCAAAUGCAUCACCUCAUACAACCCCGGUCGACACAUCACCGUUGACAAACAGCUUUACCCGUCAAAGACUCACUGCUGUUUCCUGCAGUACAUUGCCAGUAAACCUGACAAAUUUGGGAUUAAGUUUUGGGUGGCCUGCGACUUGAAGUCCAAGUACAUCUGUAACGUCUUCCCAUAUCUUGGCAAGGACCCCAGUCGUCCCAGCGGGGAGAGACUGUCAGAAAAUGUGGUGAUGAGGCUGAUGGAACCGUUCCUGGACAAGGGCAGAAAUGUUACCACGGACAAUUUCUUCACCUCUCUGUCACUGGCACAACGACUGCACAGCCGGAAAACCACCCUCCUCGGCACCGUCAACAAGAUCCGCAGGGAAAUUCCUCCCUCCACGAAACAGAUGGACCACAAUGAAUUCACCAUUCAGGUGUUUUCAACCACUGGUGCCACACUCACAGUUUAUGCGCCCAAACGAAGGAAGGUGGUUUACAUCCUCAGCAGCAUGCACAGCGUGGUUGAGACUGAGAAUACCACCAAAAGGAAGCCAAACACGGUCACGCUUUACAACAAAACAAAGUGUGGCGUGGAUGUUAUGGACCAGAUGGUGCGGGACUACACUGUCUGCGCAGGAACACGGCGCUAGCCAGUUGCUGUGUUUUACAACAUGGUUGAUAUGGCAGCCCUGAAUGCGCAUGUGCUAUAUCAAGCAUGCACCGGGAAAAUGGAGAGACGGGUGGACUUCCUCGUGGAGCUCGCCAAGGAGUUGGCUCACUCUCAUGUGGGUGCCAAGAAGGCACAGAAAUAAGUGCCACUUCAGCAGCAACCCACGACACCAAGCCCUGGAAAACAAGCACGUUGUCAGGUCAAAAACCAAUGCCAGAGCAAUCGUGCAACUGCAAAUGCAGAAAAGACCUUCCAUGGCAGUGUGGGGACUGUUAGUCAUUGUGAGUGACUGUAACCUUUAGACUGUAAUAGACUGUAA